AUGGCUUCCCUGGUAGCAAUUGUGGAUGUCAAGGGCAAGUCGCUCAUCCAGAGAUCCUACAGAGAUGAUAUUGAGCCAUCCACAGUGGAGAGGUUCCUGCCUCUUCUGCUGGACAUGGAGGAAGAGAGCGGUGGAGCAGCUGUGGCUCCUUGUUUCACGAGCGAAGGCAUCAAUUACAUGUUUGUCAGGCACAAUAACCUAUAUCGUGAGUGCUGACAGUGUCUUCAGCGCCUCGUAUACCCGCUCGCUAAGUGGACGAUGCCUCUCCCCCUUGUCUCUUCGCCUUGCAGUACUCGCUCUCUCGAGGCGCAAUAGCAAUGCAGCAGAGCUCCUCCUUUUCCUUCACAAGCUCGCCUCUGUGCUAGAAGAGUACUUUAAAGAGCUAGAGGAAGAAAGCAUCCGGGACAACUUUGUCAUCAUUUACGAAUUGCUGGAUGAGAUGAUGGAUUUUGGUUAUCCACAGACUACAGAGAGCAAGAUUUUGCAGGAGUGAGUAGUCGCGUAUCCGGAUUUGUCCCUUCUGCUCAAAGCACGAUACUCAGCCCGACUGUGCGCUACUUUGUCUGGUCUACGUCAGAUACAUCACCCAGGAAUCGCACAAGCUGGAAGUCCAAGUUCGGCCUCCGAUGGCGGUCACCAAUGCAGUAUCGUGGCGUAGCGAAGGCAUUAGGUAUAGGAAGAAUGAGGUAUUUCUGGAUGUGGUGGAGAGCGUCAACUUGCUGGUGAAUGCAAACGGAAACGUGGUCAGGUCGGAGAUCUUGGGAGCUGUCAAGAUGAAGUGCUACCUUUCCGGCAUGCCUGAGCUCAGGCUGGGUCUUAACGAUAAGGUCAUGUUCGAGAGUACUGGAAGGGGUAAGUCUUAAGCAAACAUGACUGACCAAUUUCGUACACGAGCUCACACACCAAGAUGUUGUCCGGCUUCGCAGCUUCACGCGGCAAAGCGAUCGAGAUGGAAGAUGUCAAGUUCCAUCAAUGCGUCAGGUUGUCCAGAUUCGAGAAUGACCGGACCAUCUCCUUCAUUCCUCCGGACGGAGAGUUCGAGCUGAUGAGCUACAGAUUGAGCACACAAGUCAAGCCGCUGAUUUGGGCCGAGGCGGUCGUGGAGCGGCACGAGGGUAGCAGGAUCGAAUUCAUGGUGAAGGUGAGUCUCUCUUGGCGCAUACGUAGGCAGCAUUCCGCCCAUCUGACAUUGUCAAUCUGCUCGAGCUCAGGUCAAAGCUCAGUUCAAGAGGCGAUCCACUGCCAACAACGUCGAGAUCAAUGUGCCUGUGCCAGAUGACGCUGAUUCGCCUAAGUUCAGAGUGGGUCCGGUCGAUUCGCCGCUGCUUGUGCUCUUGGCACCGACUAAGCUCGCUGACCCGCUGCUUCGCCCAGGCUGCUGUGGGCUCUGUCCACUACGCACCCGAGAAAUCAGCGAUGGUUUGGAAGAUUAAGCAGUUGGCUGGAGGAAAGGAAUUCUUGAUGCGAGCUCAUUUCGGUCUACCAAGCGUAAAGAAUGGUGAGUGAGCACUGGUCGCCAAUUCGUGCUCACCGAGUGCAAAGCUGAAAUGCCAUCAUGCUCAUGGUCGAAUAUGACUACGCUCGCCAGAGGAAAUGCUUGAUCGCAGAACCCCAAUCAAUGUCAAGUUCGAGAUUCCAUACUUUACUGUGUCGGGCAUUCAAGUCAGGUAUCUCAAGAUUGUGGAGAAAUCUGGCUAUCAAGCGUUGCGUGAGUAGGACUGGUGCUCAUGAUGUGGCGUGUGCGCUGACUCUAUCCGACCUUUGCACCUCGGCAGCCUGGGUGCGGUACAUCACGCAGGUGAGCGUCCGGGAUCUCGAGCAUGUGUCACGAUACCAGCCACUGAACUGUGUUCGCGCCAUCUUCCGACUCCGCAGCACGGCGAGUAUGACCUACGUACCAUGAACGAUAAAGCGGCGGGUAAGUCUUCUCAGUCGUUGUGUCGUCACAACGUGUGACAGGCCUGAUCAGCCGCCGCUCGGGUGUCCACGGCUCGCGCUGACCACGUUCCACUUUCCUCCGUUCUACAGCUCGCUUGGCGCCAUUUGCAGCGUGA